UGAUGGUGGCGACGACGGUGGUGAAGGUUAAUCGCGGGCGUUUCAUGCAGUCCGCGCGAGCUCGAUAGUGAGCUAAGCAGCUCGACUAACGCGUUGCUGACGGUCGGUGGUAACUGGUAACGACUGACAGUGACGGGUUGGCGUUGGCGGCUGAGAGACGGGCUCCGCCGCUGUUCGCUGUGAUAAAAGGUGCGACACGCGCGCGCGUAACGACACGGCCAUGCUGUAGCAUUCGGCCACGUACAUAGUAUACAUAUACACGGCGUGCGUACGCUCGACGUCGGUUGCGUGACUGGCACACGCCGCCAGUGAUCCUCGCUGCCUCUAAUUUAUCGCCAUCGUUCGUCGACCAUGGACAACGUGGCGCACAGCCCGGGCGGACUGGCGAGACUGUCGGCGUUCCUGGGCACCCCGGAGGCCGCGCUGCGUCUCCUCAUCUCUAUUCUACUGGGAUUUCCCGUUGCUCUUCUUCAUAGGUACACGCUCUACGGCAAAGACCCGAAUCGUCAGCAUUUAUUUUUCAUAGCAUGCGGUCUCUCAAUUGGUUACUGGAAUUACGACUGUAACAUACUUCAUUCAUCGACGGCGGUAUGCGCAACGUAUCUGAUCCUGACGGUUCUCGGCAGCACCGGGCUAUCGGUCAUAGUGACGUUCCUCUUCAACAUGACGUAUUUACUUUACGGCUAUUACACCACCAGUACCCAAGAUUACGAUAUAAAAUGGACAAUGCCGCAGUGCGUGCUGACCCUUAGAUUAAUAGGACUUGCGUUUAAUUUAUGGGACGGUCAGAAACGUGACGAGGAGCUCUCCGAUAGUCAAAAACAGGUGGCCUUGAAGGAACGACCGUCGCUAUUGGAAAUUGCGGCGUACGCUUAUUUUCCAGGCGCCUUCCUAAUCGGGCCGCAGUUUAGUAUGCAACGAUACUUGGAUUAUGUUAAUGGUCAGCUCACAGACCGCGAUCCUCAAACUGGUGCCAUCCAGCUGCCGGAUUGCGUGUCCGUGGGAUUGCUACGAGCUUUCGUCGGAUUUAUUUAUGUAGCGAUAUUUCAAAUCGGCACACUUUACGUUUCCGAUCAGUAUCUCUUUGAGCCUUCAUUCCAAAAGUUGAAUUUAAUAAAGAAGUGCUUGGUGAUCGGCCUGUGGGGCCGCAUCAAUCUCUACAAAUACGUCAGCGUCUGGCUGAUCACAGAAGGGGUGUGCAUCACCUUUGGUCUCACACAUAACGGUAAGGACUCGAAAGGUCGCAUUAAAUGGGACGGUUGCGCGAACGUCAAACUGCGAACGUUCGAAACUACCACGCAGUUCAGUCACUACAUUCUCUCGUUCAACAUAAACACCAAUAACUGGUGCGCGGAGUACAUUUACAAGAGGCUGAAGUUUCUGGGCUCAAAAGUGUACAGUCAGAUAAUGACGCUGCUCUUCCUUGCCCUCUGGCACGGUUUUCACUCUGGAUACUAUCACUGUUUCUUUAUGGAAUUUAUCGUGUUAUACUUCGAGCGAGACAUUGGACCAGUAUUGAAGAACAGCGAGAAAGUGCAAACGCUGCUGAAAACGCGAUGGGAGGCGCGCAUACUCGCUUGGAUCUUUCUGAAGCUUUACACCUUCGUUUUUAUGGGUUACUGCCUCGUAUCGUUCGUACUCCUCUCAUUUCCGCGGUACAAUCAGGUUUACUCCAGUUUGUAUUAUUGCGGACACGUGUUCUUCCUCUCUUAUCCGCUGCUCGCGCCGUACAUUAAACGGUUGCUUGGUCAAAGACACGAGCGUCAGCGGUCGCACCAAGAAUAAGAUGUCGCGAUCUCUCUUUUCUUUUCUCUCGAUAUCGUCGAGAGGCAUUGCCUCUGUACUUGUUUUUUUUUUUUUUUGUUUUUUCCGUUCGGUCACUCGUGAAUCGAUAUUCGAGAAGACGUACAACUGUGGUGUAAUGGACGCUGGUGUAUACAGUUACACUCGCCUACAGUCAUUAGUCUUCUAGAAGAAAUGUGAUAGCGCAUAUCCAACGGAAGAUACGGGAAAUGAUAAAGCAUAUUACCAUCACUAUCGCGUUUCGUAACCACGAUUAUGAAUUGUUUGAAACACAAGGCGCGUCCGUGAAACGCGCUGUCAGCGCCUUUCAGCACUGUCGCAUUGUUUUAUCUUCAUUAGGCGUAAAACGAAGAUAGAGUGACGUGAUAGCGUGAUAACGCGUAUCCUCGAACGCGCUUGUAAUGUUGCAUCUCCGUCGCUUAAAUAUAUCCUCGAUGGUUGAGGUAGUGAAAAAAGAUCGAGUAAGUGAAAAAAAAUUCCCUUGAAGAAUCUCGCUCGAAACGAUGGUAGUGGUGGAAUAUUAUUACUGCUAAGAGAACAUUUCAGUUUUGUAAAUCGACGCACCGUUUAGAGAAAAUUCCGCUGGUCGGGAAUUUUGUGUACUUUCAACGAUCAAACUUUGCGACACGGAAAUUGAGAGGAAAUUCCAGCAACAAUUCUAGGAUACUUGAGUAUUUUCCUACAACAGUACGUUCUCGCGUCUUCAAUCGUAUUUUUGUAUAUCCAGCGUGUUCAAUUAAUCAAAGUUUUGUUUAUAAUAUAUUCCAUCGGUAAUGAAAUCUAUUAAAACGCGCCAUGCCCUUUUUAGUGAUAAGAACUGUUACAAUAUGACGCGUAGCGCGGCCGCGUAAGCUAGUCAAGUGUCACAAUAUCUCGAAAAGACUCGAAGGAAAAAGCAAUUGUGCAUUUAGGUACCGCAAUAAGAAAACUAAGUUCAAGGAAAUUGCGUUGCAGAGGAUUACCUAGAGAAUAAUACCGUGAUUUUCUAAGUGCGAAAAUAGCUAAAGCAGCAUAGACAAGUAUCGCGAUAUCGUGCACGAUUGAAGUUGAAAUACAUAUAUUUUAAACGUAG